AUGACGAUUCAGUCGGUCCUGCGGAGAAAAGUUGACGUUUUGUUGAAAGCUAUCGCCUUGAACAAAAUGUGUGUGUCGCCGAAGAUGAUACUUUUGGUAAUAAAGUUCGCCGCCAUGUAUUUGGCUAUCUGGCCCUUGGACAGUAGCGGAAAGCACUGGAACACGGCGUUCGAUUGCCUCUGGUGGUUCUACGUCGUCAACAACGUACUGGUCAUCAUCCCGACGCUUCUCGCCUUCUACUCGUCCCGAAGAGACAUCAUAGCGGCUAUGUUCUCGUGGCUCGAAAUUUUGGCUCUGCUCGAAGCUCUGAUAAUCUUGGCGAAUUUCAGAUACUACAGGUCUCGCAUGCAGCCGAUACUGAAGGAAGCCGUAGACUACAUCGGAAGCGCGAACAGCAGGAGGCAGCUGUGCCUCGAGAAGAGGGCCUCGAUCAUCACGACGACGUUCGGCGUCAUCGUCGCUCUUUACAUCGCAGGUAUCAUCAUCUACAUUUACAGGCCAGCGGUGACCGAGUGGGACGGAAUGCUAACGACGGCUUACUAUCCAGCCUCGAUGAGAUCGCCGUUCGCGGAUGUGUUUAUUUAUAUAACUCAGCUGACUGCUUUGCUGCACAAUGGGGUGUUGAUCGUUAGCGACGCGUUCACGGUGCUCUUGCUCUACGUCUGCACAGUAAGGCUCGAAGUUUUGCAGAAAAACAUCCUACGCGUCGCCGAUUACGACGAGCUGAAACUCUGGAUUCGAGAACACGAGCGAGUUUUACGUUUAGUUACGGACACGAACAUGGUCGUGAGGAUCAACAUUUCGAAAACCGUUAUCAGCUUUGUGGGAUACUCGGUGGGGGCUGGAUUGCAAAUUAUCAGCCCAACCGUCACAAUAGUAUCGUUUCAGCGAUUUGCACUCGUUAUUGCCAUGAACGCGAUGAGGCUAUUUUUCAGCGCGACAUUUGCCGACGAUCUUGUAAAUAGCAGCAACAGCCUGAUAAACACUAUCUACUCAACGAUCUGGUACAAAGAUAAUCGAGACAUGAAAAUUGGUAAGAUAAUAAUAAUGCUGAGGUGCCAAAAACUACUUCGAAUAAGCGUCGGUGGAAUAAUGCCAGUUUUGGGGAAGCCUUACUUGACAAAAAUUCUCUACACAUCUGUUUCCUAUUUUAUGACGUUCCGAGCAAUCACCGGCAAUUAA